AUGUUGGUAUCAUUUGAAGACUUGGCUGUGAACUUCACCCAGGAGGAGUGGCAGCACCUCGACAAUGCUCAGAGGACCCUGUAUAGGGAUGUGAUGCUGGAGACCUACAGCAGCCUGCUGUCCUUGGGAUACUGUAUUACCAAACCUGAGGUGGUCUUGAAGUUGGAGCUUGGAUCAGAGCCAUGGAUGGUGAUAGAACCCUUAAACCAGAGUCUCUCAGUUGCAAACAGAAAGAAUGACCUGUUUGGAACCAGCCAGCAAAGUCAAGAAAUAAAUAUGAGGGUGCCUGAUGAGAUACCAGUGGGAGAGCACCUGGAUGGCCUUAAUGUACCUGGAAACUCCUUCCAAUGCUGGGAGCCUCAUAGUCAGCAUCAUAUGAUUCAGACUGUGCAGCAGCCAUAUGAGCACAAUAGAAAAGGGACAACGUUCAGUGGGAAGUUACUUUUUAAGAAAAGUAAAAAAGUUCAUUGUGGAGAGACCUCUUAUAAGCUAUGUGUCACUGUAGAAAACACAACUCAGAUUGAAGAAAAAACUGUCCAUAAAUAUGUCUACAUCCAUGAACCUCAGCAAACACACAGAGAGAAACUCUGUGAAUCCUUUGGGCAUGAGAAAACUCUCAUUUGCAAAUCAGAUUUUAAAUUAAAUCAGACAACACCUACAGGAAAAAAAUACACAUGUAACUCCUGUGGGAAAUUUUUCAGCUGUUCAUCCUGCCUUACUAUACAUCACAGAACACACAUAGGGGGCAAGCCCCAUGAGUGCAAUGAAUGUACAAAAACCAUUUACCAGAAUUCAGACUACAUUAAAAGUCAGAGAAUCCAGACGGCGGAGAAAUCUUAUGAAUGUAAUAUAUGUGGAAAAGCUUUUUGCUGGAAGUCACAACUAAUUGCACAUCAGAGAAUUCACACGGGUGAGAAACCUUAUGUAUGUAACAUAUGUGGGAAAGCUUUUCGCCAGAAAUCACCACUCACUGCACAUCAGAAAAUUCACACAGGGGAAAAACAUUAUGAAUGUAUAACUGGUAAAGCCUUCGGCCGGAAGUCACAACUCAUCAUACAUCAGAGAAUCCACACAGGGGAGAAACCUUAUGAAUGUAAUACAUGUGGAAAAGCCUUUUCCUGGAAGUCAGAACUUGUUAAACAUCAGAAAAUUCACACUGUUUGUGAAAGACCAUAUGAAUGUAGUACAUGUCAAAAAGCUUUUUGCUGGAAGUCAGAACUUGUUCAACAUCAGAGAAUUCACACUGGGGAGAGACCUUAUGUAUGCAAUUCAUGUGGAAAAGCUUUUUGUCAUAAGUCAGUGCUCGUUACACAUCAGAGAAUUCAUACUGGUGAGAGACCUUAUGAAUGUAAUACAUGUGGAAAAACCUAUUGCCAUAGAUCAACCCUCAUUAUACAUCAUAGAAUGCACACAGGGGAAAAACCUCAUCCUUGUACUACAUCUGGAAAAGCCUUUUUCCGGAAGUCACAACUCAUUACACAUCAGAAGAUUCACACAGGGGAGAAACCUUAUGAAUGUAAUGAAUGUAGAAAAUGCUUUUCCAGGAAAUCACACCUCAAUAGACAUCAUACAACUCAUACAUAAUAGAAACUUCUUGAAUUCAAGGAAUAUGAUGUCUUUUCCAAGAAGUUAGACCUAAGCCAACAAAAAAAUGGAAUGAAUGUGGAUAAUCCUUUGCACAAAGUAUC